UAAUAAAUUAUAUAAAGACUAGUGAUAAAAUAUCAAAUUUAAUAUGUAGUUCAAGUGAAGUUAUGUUAUAGUUUAAAAACUAGUUUAUAUUUUCAUUCAUUAUUGUAAAUUAGUAAUGUUAAUUUUUUGGCUAUCUUAGUAAAUCAGGUUAUUAUUUACAAAAAUGUACUUUCCAGUCGGUUGGCCAAAAGUUUUGGCCCCUGCUCAUGGGGCUGGAACACUUAUCCAAGUUGUAUGUAACAGGGAUAAAUUGCUGUUUGCCGUUCUAUCUAAUGAAAAAUUAGAGAUUUGGUAUUGCAAACCAUGUGUAAAAAUAACAUCUUACACUAGAUCUACUCAAAAUUUAGAAGAAAUUGGGUUCAACUGUCUUGUGGAAUGGCGACCAGAUUCUAGUAUGUUAGUUAUUGUGACUACCAAAGGUUAUUUGAUAUUUUAUGAUUUGAAAAUAAUUGGUGAAUCAAAUGGUUUAUAUAACUUAGAAGACUCACAAAUUUCUAGUCUCAAAAGAGAAAAUGAUGAAUUAUUUGUUAAAGAAAUCAUACCGUCGUUAAAUAUUCAUCAAAUACAAAUUGCUUGUGUGGAUGGUGGGGUUGGUUGUUUAGUUUGUAUUCGCGAUGAAUUAAUGGUAACUACCUGUAAAGGCCAUGUUUUGAGGUAUUACUGGAAUGGGUCUAUAAAUCGAGAUUAUUGCUUAGAUCUUCGUAGAAUUCCAUUUUCUAUUGAUUUACAUGUAUCUAAUGCUGCUCCUAUAACUACAAAAAAUACAUUCAUUAUUGAUAUGGAGUAUUCACCUUUAGUUGGAGGAUUUGGAAUUAUAUUAAAUGAUGGCCGAGCUGCUCUUCUUACUGCCUCAUCUUUAAAAUUUGAUCCUAAUCAAGUCCAAGGAAUCUGGGCACCCAAUAUUGAAACUGGAACAUGUACCAGUUUAAACCAUAAAUAUAGGUUAAUUGCUUAUGGAUUAAAAAAUUCUCAAGGUGUAGUUUUUGCAUUGGAUGAACAAACUGGCGGUCUCCAGUUAUCACACCAUUUAAUAAUUCCUAGUCAAGUAUGGCCUGGUGGAGGUUUAGGAGCUGUACGAUGUACUAGAUGGACUCCUGAUGGUUGUGCUUUAGUAAUGGCAUGGGAAAAUGGUGGAUUUGCUGUGUGGAGUACUUUUGGUGCUCUUUUAGUUUGUUCAUUAGCAUGGAAUUUUAGUGUAAACGUUGAUUUGAACUCUAAAAAUCCACUCAAUAUUAUAUCAAUGGAUUGGUCCAUUGAAGGAUAUCAAUUAUGGAUGAUUAAUAAAGCACCUAAAGAUAAAAAUGAAGAUUUAGUUUUACAAAUGUCAUUUUUGAAAAGUGCUCUGUCAGUUAAUCCUACUAUGACCCAUCGUCCUCAUUUAUAUCUUCAGGGAGAAGACAAACUUUAUCUCAACUUGACAUCUGGAUUAACCAAAGUGUAUAAGAUGACUCAAGCUAACAAUAGUGAUAAAGAUCAGGUGACUGUAACUAGCGCAUUAGUUGAAAAUAAGCAAUGGAUAAUUGUUUAUGCUCCUUCUCCAUAUUUAGCCACUAAUUGGCCUAUAAGGACUUCCUGCAUAGAUGAUAAUGGUAAACAUAUAGCAAUAGCUGGGCGAUGUGGUCUUGCUCAUUAUUCCUUAAUAACACAUCGUUGGAAGUUAUUUGGAAGUGAAAUACAAGAAAAAGAUAUGAUUGUGACUGGGGGAGUUCUAUGGUGGCAAUGUUACAUUGUUUGUGGAUGUUAUAGUGUACCUGAAGAUGAACAUCAAGUGCGAAUUUACAAUGGUGAUUCAAGGUUAUCCAAUGAUAAUAUGAUUGCUUAUCGUCUAACUGGACAAGCAUUGUUACUUGACUGUUUGGAAAAUCGAUUAGCAGUAUUUUGUUCAGACGGGAUUGUAAAUUUAUUUAACAUUGAAUUAUCACCUAAUAACAAUAUGGCUGUAUUAGAAAGAGUACAAACAAUUGAUAUGUCAGCUUUGUGUAUUCAUCCCACUUGUGUUGUUUCAGUUGUUUUAACUACUCUGCGAAUUGAACCUAAAACUAAAGGUUCAACUUUUAGAGAUAAUUUUCUUUUAAAUAUAAAUGGUCAUUUAUUAUUAGUCAAUCAGCAAAGUUGUGAUGAUAAGACACAAGUAAUUCCGUCUCCUAUUUUGUUGGCAUCUUGUGUAGAAAAUGCUUGGGUGUCAAGUCAAUAUCGCCGUGAUAAGCCUCAUCUUACUGAAGCAUUAUGGUUGUUUUGUGGUGCUCAUGGUAUGAGAGUUUGGCUCCCCUUAUUUCCUAAAAAUGGAGAUAAAUCACACACAUUUAUGUCAAAAAGAAUUAUGUUGCCAUUUCAGCUUAAAAUAUACCCUUUAGCAAUUCUAUUUGAAGAUGCUAUCAUGUUGGGAGCUGAAAAUGAUACGUUUCUUUAUACAUCUGAUUCAUCAUCUGUAUUUUCACUACCUUUUUGUCAAGUUGAACGAACAAGUCAAGUUUAUUUACAUCAAAUUUUAAGACAAUUGAUUCGAAGAAAUUUAGGAUUUCAUGCGUGGGAAGUUGCAAGAUGCUGUACUAAUUUACCUUACUUUUCUCAUUCGUUAGAACUGUUAUUACACGAAGUUUUAGAAGAAGAAGCUACGAGUAAAGAGCCAAUUCCAGAUGCUCAAUUACCUAGUGUUAUUGAAUUUAUACAAGAAUUUCCUAGCCUGUACUUGGAAACUGUUGUGCAGUGUGCUCGAAAAACAGAAAUUGCUUUAUGGCCUUAUUUAUUUUCUGCUGCUGGGAAACCUAAAGAUUUAUUUCAAGAAUGCAUGAAAAGACAAAACUUAAAUACUGCAGCUUCAUAUCUGAUAAUACUUCAAAAUUUGGAGUCUUCAUUAGUUAGCUGUAAAUAUGCAACAUUAUUAUUAAAUUCUGCAUUAGAAAAUUGUAGAUGGGAUUUGUCAAAGGAUCUUGUCAGAUUCUUAAAAGCAAUUGAUCCAAAUGAUGCAGAUUCUCCAAAAACUUCAUGUGUUUUUCCUGCAAAAUAUAGUAUGAUGGGACAAGGAACAACUGUGAAUCCAAAUGAAGAAGACUUAUCUUUCUUGAUGGGAAAUAUUCAGGUUAGAGGAAGGAGUAUAAGUACUAGUACUACACCAAAGGUAGACAUGAAUUCUACAUUUGUAAAAACAGAACCCAACAAUGCACAAAGAAAAAAAUCUGUUCUUUCCACUGGAAAAUCUGAAAAUGGUAAAGAAAACAUUUAUACAUAUAGUUCAAUUUCUGAAGAAUUUUUCACAGACACAAUUCUUCAUAAACAUGCAAAAAAAUUAUUGGUUAAUUAUAAAUUAAGAGCUCUUGGGUACUUUGCUGCACAUUUAGAUUUUCAUUUAGUUGAAUGGUUAGCUAAAGAGCGUAAUGGUGCUGCCCGAAUUGAAAAUUAUGUUUUAGCAUUACGUAGCAUAUAUACAGAUUUUUCUUCAAAUAAUUCAUCAAAUAUUACUCAAAAACGAUCAACACCACCUUCUAGUUUUAUGAACAAUAUAGAUAAGUCAAAAUGGAUUGAUGGAGGAAGUGCAAUUGGUGAUAGUGGUUACAUGAGUUGUCAUGAUGUGCCACACUUAUCACCACAGUAUCCUAUUGAUGGAUUUUUAACUGGUAUAGAUGAAGCUAGUACUGUUAGUGAAUCUGAAGAAGCACUCUUAUGGAAUGAUGAAAGGGCUCAGUCUAGUAUUGAUAGUUGGAAUAUUAUUCCAAAUGCUCAUAUUUUGGAACAAUUAUCAAAUGAACAUCUAUCAAUUAACACAACAAAAUCUGAAGUUCAGCUUAGGUAUUUGUUACAAUUAUUAAUUGAAGCAGGAUGUUUAGAAUGGAGUUUCAUUGUUUCAGUAUUUCUCCGAGAUAUUUUAGCAGUUCAAAGACUAGUAUCUAUAUCGCGCUCUCCUGAUUAUAGUUUUGAUUCUGUAUCUCGAUUAAAACAAGCAUUUGUUGUUUUAUAUCAAUGGAGUUGUAAUGAAUGUUUUGGUUAUAGACCUUUUAUGUCAACUUGUCAAGCCCAAAUUGGUGCAUUAAAUCGAAUUUUAACAUCUAAGCAACCAACUCCUGUCGUAGCAUCCCAGGCAUCAUCAUCUUCAUUAUCUAGUGUUCUUACUCAAGCUUCAAGGUCUAGAUCUACGAGUGAAGGAACUGGUGGUAGUCAUUCUACUAUAGAAAUUAAUGAUCAUACACAGAAUAUUGAGAGCAAUCGUCCUUCUAUUUCAUUAGACUUAGGAGCUGAUAAUCUACAAAAUAAUGUAAAAGAUCUUGAUUCUGUAUCAGUAAUUAGCCAACAAUCUCCAAAUAGUUGUUCAUUAGCCUAAUUUAUUUUAUUAUAUAAUUUUAAGAUCAAUAAAUAAUGUAUGAAUUCUUACUGUAAGAAUAAGUGAAAAUUUUUAAAUGUUUUUAUAUAAUUUAGUCAUUAGACUAAAUAAUGUUAAAACCAAUUUAGCAAUACAAACAAAUUAAUUUUAUUCCAAAGAAUUAUAUUUAAAUAAUAACAAAGAUAAACUUAACAAA